GGUCUGAGCACUUAAACCAUGAUUUCUGCAUUUUGCUUUCGACAUUUCCCUCUCUGACUAUAGUAGAAGUAGUUGCUGUACCUCAACCAGUUUGCAAGGACAUUUAUAUCAGCUCUCUCAACAUCACACAAGCAGAUACACUAGUGUCUUCAAUGUAACAUAAUGGACUGGAUACUGACUGCAUUUGUGUACCUGUCAGCAGUGAAAGCUACGCUCUGCUUCAACAUUGAACCGUCGGCUUGGCGGACGCUGGCAGAGGAUGCUGCAGGAUUUGGCUACCAGGUGGUGCAAAGGAGAUCAGACUUGCUCGUCAGUGCUCCACUCCACCAGUACUCCCAGAAUAAAAGGGGGCAAAUAUUUAGAUGCACCACUGCUUUCUGCCAGCCUAUAGGUCAGAUUGGUGCAGUACCAGAGUAUGCAGUGAACAUGUCCCUGGGUUUGACCAUGACGAUGGACCCCAGCACAGAGGAGACCCUGGCGUGUGGACCGACCAUCCCCUUAGACUGUAAAACCAUCACCAUGUACAGCGGCGCGUGCUUCCAGAUAGACCUGAUGAAUCACUUUAGAUCCCCUUUCCCUUCUGCUGCUAAAGAGUGCCGAAAUGAAGCAGACAUUGCUUUUUUACUGGACGGUUCAGGCAGUGUUAUCGCUCAAGAUUUUACAAAAAUGAAGGUUUUUGUGAAAAAUCUUGUUGGUGCGAUUCUGACGAAGGACACACAGUUUGCUGUUGCUCAGUUCUCCAGCCGUACUGUAAUCCAUUCUUACUUUGAUGAUUUUUUAUCUGGAUCAUGGAGUAAUAAAGUCAAUUCUAUUAGGCAGCUAACAGGAGGAACUAAUACAGCUGCAGCAAUCUCAACUGUGGUACAAAGUAUUUUCACAGAAACAAAGGGCUCCAGACUAAACGUGAAGAAGAUAUUAAUAGUGAUCACAGACGGAGAAUCUCAGGAUGGACGCAACUUGCAGAGUUCAAUAAAUAAAGCUGAGAAAAAAGGAAUUGUGAGAUUUGCUAUUGGAGUGGGACGGGCCUUCUACAGUUAUGAUGCAAAAAGAGAACUGGAUACUAUUGCAUCUUCACCCAGUUCAGAGCACGUGUUUCAAGUGGAGAGCUUUGAUGCCCUUGACAAAAUAAGGCAGAGUUUGCAGUCCAAAAUCUUUUCUAUCGAAGGGACUCAAAAUACUGGAGACUCACUAAAAAUGGAGAUGGCUCAAGAAGGGUUCAGUGCUGCUUAUGUGCCUGAGGGGUUUCAGAUGGGUAUUGUUGGUGCCAAUCAAUGGAGAGGUGGCUUCUUGGAAUACAAAGGAACAGAGCAGCGCUUGUUUGAACUUCAAAACAUAGAGUCUGACAGUUAUAUGGGUUACUCUCUGGCAGUUGCUAACACCAUUAGCAAAUCCCCCCUCACAAUUAUUGGAGCCCCAAGAUACAAGCACAGAGGAGUGGUUAUAACAGUUUACGCAGACAGGGGAUACCAGGACAUUGAGCCGCCUGAGAGCCAGAUUCAAAGUGGUGAAUAUUUUGGGGCAGAGCUUUGUGCCAUGGAUGUGAAUCGUGACAGCGUCACCGACCUAAUUCUCAUAUCAGCGCCAAUGUACAAGGAAUCACAUCGAGAGGGAAUCGUUUACGUUUGCACUUUAACUGUUCUGAAUGUGAUAUGUGAUUUUGACUCACCGGUAAUACUGAGAGGCGCCGCAUCUGCCAAAGGAAGAUUUGGGUCUUCUCUCGCUGUGCUGCCUGAUCUGAACACAGACGGGCUCAACGAUCUGGCAGUGGGCUCGCCUUUGGAGGACGACGGUCAGGGCAGCAUCUAUAUAUUUCAGGGAGAGGCAGGAACAAGAAUCAAUCCUACUUUCUCACAGAGAAUUCCUGCUUUUGAAGUUCAGUCGGGACUGAAGUUCUUCGGUAUGUCGAUCAGUCAGUCGACCUUCGACCAUAGCGGGGACCGUCUGCCUGACCUAGCCGUGGGGUCAAAGGGACGAGUUGUUCUACUCAGAUCAAGGCCCAUAGUACUGGUUAAGGGUUCAGUGUCGUAUGAACCAAACCAAAUUCCUACUCAGAAUGUGGACUGUUCAGCACCACUGAAAAGCGAAGCGACACUCUGCUUUACCAUGACCUCCAUUACUGGAGCCCAAGCUCAAGCCAUGAUUAAUUACAUUUUUACACUGGACGCUACGCGUAAAGUUCCAAACAACAGAGCGUAUAUCGCUAAAAAACAACGAGAAACGUCCGGGUCAAUUACCAUCAAUACUGGAGAAAAGUGUGUAAAACAGAGCUUCUUUAUUGAGCCUUGUCAAGAAGAUGUUCUCAAUGAACUCAGAAAUGAGCUCAGAUUCACUUUCGAUGGUUUACCCUCCGCUGAUCAACUAAGGCCAAGUUUACACCAGCAAGCUCAAACAACCAGCUUUCAUCCUUUGGGCUUUGAGGUCAACUGUGGCACUGACGGGAAGUGUGUGGAUAAGCUUAAAGUGGAUUUUAACUUCAACGGUUCCACAGAGGUUAAAGUUGGUAUUGAUGAACUCCUGGACGUCGUCAUGUCUCUGGAGAACAAUGGGGAGAACUCCUACAACACACGUGUCAUCCUCACGUACCCCCCUGGACUCUCCUACAGGAAGUUCACAGCGCUUAAGGGAAGGAUUGAGUGCAACUCCCUGGACAGCGACGGCGGCAUUCUGCGAGGAAGGACAGAAUGCACCGUGGACAGGCCGAUUUUCAAAGACAGUUCUAAGAGCUUUUUCACCGUCUCUUAUGGGAUUGACACCAACAGUCAGCUUGACAGGAGGAUUUCUAUCACUGCAAAUGCCACCAGUGGGAAUCAGGAACACUCCAGUUCAAGCGAACCCUACAAAUUACGAGAGAUCGAUGUGAAAUAUAGUGUUUUUUUGACAUUUGAAAGCUCCAUCAGCUAUAGCAACUUCACUUUUGGAAAGAAUGAUUUACAGAAACCAUUUGAACAAUUUAUUAAGGUCACAAACCACAUCAGAGCUCUGAAUUUCACGCUUGUGAUCAGGGUGCCAGUCGCGCUUGGCGAUAAAGACAUCUGGGUGGAGUCCAACAAUUUCCAGAUUGAAGGCUGCCUGAAAUACAAAGAACAACCACCAGACGUCCAGGACUUUGUCCCUCAAAUACAGAAAAAUAAGACAGUGGACUGCUCUGUAGCGAGGUGCAGCGUGUUCAGAUGCACUCAGUUAAUGGGAAGGCAGACGGUGAAAGAGUACAAAAUAUCAGCCAACCUCAGUUCACGGUGGAUCGAGCAGAUCGGACUUCCUUCUGCCAAAUUCCUGCUGACCAGCACAGCCAGUCUGGAGUACGACACACAAGAGUACAUCUUCUUCUCCACAGGGUCCAACAACAGCCCUCCUGUUCGCAAGAUUGAAGCAGAAGUAGAAGUGUAUCCUGAACCAAAUUUCACCAAAGAAAUAGUUGGAGGGUCUCUGGGAGGGUUGGCUUUUCUGGCCCUGCUCACCGCUGGUCUGUAUAAGGCUGGGUUUUUCAAGAGUAAAUACAAGAACAUGAUUAAUGAAGCAGAGCAAGAGGCGGAUCCAGGCGCUGGCGAGGAACUGAAAGCAUGACAUCACUUUAGAUCUCAAGUGGCCGUUAACAUUCUAAUAUUAGAAGCAUCGCUGUGUGAAAUCACACCCAGACACCAAGAUUAUUUACCUGUACCUGUGCUGUAGUUUGUAGUUUCAACUCGUCAGAAGCACCAUGUGUUAACAUUAACAACAAAAAUCCAAUGUAAUUGUUUAAUCAUUGAAACUGUACAUAAGGGGGAUUGUUGAUUGAUAAAUAAAUUUUAAUUUUUAUAUAUAUAUUUUUUUUAUAUAUUAGUUGCUUUUUGUAAUGUAACAUUGUCUAGUUGUGCUAGAGAAAAUGUAUUAAGAAAUGAAGUGUAUUUGUUACAAAUUAUAUGAAUUUUGAAACAUUGCUUAAUGCUUUUGUGAAAUUUAUUGGAAGAACAGUUGGAUUUACGUUUUAGGUUUACAAAUGACAUUUGUAAAUAGAAAAAAUAACAUGAAUACAAAUAAAUAUUGCAAUUAUUAAACUCCUUUAAAUAUA